ACUAGGCAUGAAUCCUAGUUUUUUCCAAGGGUAUUUCUUUUCUAAGCGUCAUUUUUCCAAAGGAAGGAAAGAAGUUGAAAAAGUUCAAGCCGUAUUAAGGGAUACUCCAACAAUUCAAAGCAAAGAAAGCUUACAAGAAUACGGUGCAAGCCAGAUAUCCGUAUUACAAGGUUUAGAACCGGUAAGAAAGAGACCUGGCAUGUACAUCGGUUCUACUGGAAUACAAGGGUUACAUCAACUUGUUUUCGAACUGGUCGACAACUCAGUUGACGAGUCAAUCGCUGGUUUUUGUACAAAGGUAACUGUAGUGUUGCACUCGGAUAAGAGUGUUUCUGUUAUGGACAACGGUCGAGGUAUUCCUGUCGAUAUGCACACUACUAGUGGAAAGUCGGCUUUAGAAACAGUGUUGACGGUUCUUCACGCAGGAGGAAAGUUUGGAAGUGGUGGUUAUCACGUAUCUGGAGGUCUUCAUGGAGUGGGUUUAUCCGUAGUCAAUGCACUAAGCGAAAGACUAUAUGUUGGCGUUGUUCGAAAUAAUCAGUUGUAUGAACAAGAGUUCCAAAGAGGUAUUCCGUUGGGUCCUAUGCAAGUAUGCGAUAUGACAUCAGACUUGCUCAUGGAAAGAGAAGGCAUUCAACAAUAUGAUCGAGGGUUUUUACAGCAAAAAAGUGGAACCAAAGUUCAUUUUUAUCCUGACCCUGUAAUCUUUGGUGAAACUUUAGAGAUGGAUGCAAGUUUUUUAGCAAAACGUUUUGAUGAGCUUGCUUAUUUGAACGCAGGCUUACAAAUUAUAUUGUAUCGCGAAAUGCAUCAAAUAGAGGUUCAAGAAUCAGUAGAAAAUGGUAGUCAGUCAAGGAAACAGAUACAUCCUCAAGUUUUUAUUCAUCAAGGUGGAAUACGAGAAUUUGUACAGUUUUUGUCCAAAGAAAAGCAGUCCAUGCAUGAAACUGUGUAUAUUCAUCGAAGAAUAAAACAAAUUGAAAUGGAAGCUGCUUUACAAUGGAAUAGAGAGCAAUAUUCGGAAAUUAUUCUAGGCUUUGCAAACUCCAUAAGGAACCUUGAUGGUGGAGUCCACGUAGAAGGUUUCAAAUCGGGUCUUACGAAAUGUUUUCAUCAAAUGGCGAAGAAGACCAGCAAAAAUGAAACUUUGUCAUGGAAUGGAGAAUUGAUAAGAGAAGGUCUCAUCGGUAUUAUCUCAGUGAAGGUUCCGGAGCCAGAAUUUCAAGGACAAACCAAAACCAAGCUAGGCAAUCCUGAAAUAAGGGGUUUAGUGGAACAGGUGAUAAUAGAAGAAGUUGGAGAUUUUCUACAAACGAAUCCCGAAGUUUUUCAAGCUCUUUUAGACAAAGUAAAUGCUGCUGCUCGUGCUGCAGAAGCAGCAAAACGUGCCAGAGAAUUGAUACGUAGAAAAUCUGCUUUAGAAUCUGCAGCUUUACCAGGAAAAUUAGCAGACUGUGCCACAAGAAAUCCAGAUGAAGCAGAAUUAUUUAUUGUAGAAGGAGACUCUGCAGGAGGUAGUGCAAAGCAAGGAAGAGAUAGAAGCUUUCAAGCAAUACUCCCUUUGAGAGGGAAAAUUUUGAAUGUCGAGAAAGCGAAUGACGUGAAAAUAUACAAAAAUGCUGAAAUUCACGCAUUGAUUACUGCUCUUGGUGCUGGCGUAUCCGAUACACAUUUCAAAUUGGAACUGUUAAGAUAUCAUCGAGUCAUCAUUAUGACGGAUGCUGAUGUGGACGGUGCUCAUAUCCGAACUUUGUUGCUUACUUUCUUUUAUCGAUAUCAACGUCCUUUGAUCGAGCAUGGUCAUUUAUAUAUUGCAUGCCCUCCUUUGUUUAAGUUUGAGCGUGGGAAGACUUGCAAGUAUUUUUUCGAUCAGGCAUCACUAGAUCGAUUUUUAGAAGAAGAAUUGGCUUCCAAUGCCAAGUAUACGAUUCAGCGAUUCAAGGGGCUCGGUGAAAUGAUGCCGGUAGAAUUAUGGAAUACGACGAUGAAUCCACAAACCCGAUGUCUGAAACAAGUUACUAUCACAGAUGCUGCAGAGUCGAACAAUCUUUUCACAAUGUUACUAGGUGAUAAAGUCGAUCGUCGCAAAGCAUUUUUGAAUGAGCAUGCACGAAGCUUAUCCUGGGACCAAUUGGAUAUUUAGUAUUCGCAUAUCAAUUCAUUCUUAUUUUUAUAGAGAAAUCAAGAGUGAUAGAAACCCAUAAAAAAAUUUUAAUUACG